UGUUCAGACAUUCAUCAAUCUUAGCAGGUAGAAAGCUUCUCACCUCUUCCAUUACUUUUCAUAACCUACAUAUUUCCCAUGUAUAAGGUGAGACAAGUAGUGCGAAGCUUUGAGUUUGAAUGGAGGGACUUUUAAAUGAACACCAUGAAGCAAGAGAAGCAUUUACAGUCAAGAAGGAAGAGCCCACCUUGGUUCCUCCGGAAAAGGAAACCCCGAAAGGGUUGUAUUUUCUCUCCAAUUUGGACCAAAACAUUGCAGUGAUCGUAAAGACUGUGUACUGUUACAGGGCAGUUGAGGAGAAGAGUGAAAUAAAGCAAGCUUUAGCUAAGGUUUUGGUUGAUUUUUAUCCUUUCUCAGGCAGGUUAACUAUAAGUUCAGAGGGAAAACUUAUAGUUGAUUGUACUGGAGAAGGUGCUUUAUUUGUUGAAGCAGUUGCAGAGUGUGAGAUUGAGAAGCUUGGUGAUAUCAGCCAGCCUGAUCCCUCUACACUUGAGAAGCUCGUUUACGAUGUUCCGGGAGCAAAAAAUAUAUUAGAGAUACCACCUUUGGUUGCACAGGUAACAAGGUUCAAGGGUGGAGGAUUUGUUCUUGGGCUGGGAGUGAACCACUGCAUGUGUGAUGGGCUAUCAGCCAUGGAGUUUGUGAACUCAUGGGCUGAAACAGCAAGGGGUUUACCUCUCUCUCUUCCUCCAUUUCUAGAUAGGGGCCUCCUUAAAGCCAGACCCCAACCCAAGAUAGAGUUCCCCCACCAUGAAUUUGCAGAGAUAGAAGACCUUUCAAACCUCUCUCUGCUCUACCAAAAUGAAGGAAUCAUAUAUCAACCCUUCUAUUUUGACCCCAAGAAGCAAACCCAACUAAAGAAAUCAGUAAUGAAGGAGACCCCAACUCUCAAAAAUUUCACAACUUUCGAGUGCUUAGCAGCCUUAGUUUGGAGAGCACGAACAAAAGCUCUUCAGAUGAAACCAAACCAACAGACUAAGCUUCUCUUUGCAGUUGAUGGCAGGUCUAAAUUUGAUCCCCCAUUGCCAAAAGGUUACUUUGGAAAUGCCAUUGUUCUAACUUAUUGCCUUUGCAACACUGAAGAAUUGACAGAGAAACCGCUAAAGUUAGCGGUGGAAAUGGUUCACAAUGCUAUCCAGUUAGUUAACGAUAACUACAUGAGAUCGGCGAUCGAUUUCUUCGAAGUUACAAGAGCUAGACCCUCUCUAACUGCCACUCUUUUGAUCACUGCAUGGAAUAGAUUGGAUUUCCAAUCCACAAACUUUGGGUGGGGAGAUCCUUUUCAAUCAGGGCCAGUUACUUUGCCCGCAGAUGAAGUGGUAUUGUUUCUCUCUGAUAAGAAGCAAGAAAAGGGUAUCAAUGUGCUCUUGGGCUUACCUGCAACAGCCAUGAAGACUUUCCAAGACUUGAUGCAAAUCUAGCCAAAACCAAAAUCUGGACUCUCUGAAAGUGUGGAAUGCAAAAAUAGUGACAAGAUGUGUAAUAAAGUCCUGCAUAUGUUAGCUGUCUUGAGUUUGUAUAAACUCUGCAAGGUGAUAUGUAAUACAGUCCUGCAAUGAGGGGUUCAAUGUCAUAAAUAUUGGUUUGAUUAUA